AUGGCUGAAUCACCUUUCCCGAUGACGACCUCUCCUUCAUUCCAGGCGAGCCGCUCCUCGCGGUCCUCAGGCCGACCCUCGCUCUCAAUCGAUCUGUCUAGCAUCCCCCCGCUUUCCCAGCCGACCCCUCCGUCAAAUACUCUCUUGAUCACCGAUCUGAAUGACUUGGUUCUUUUCCAACCGUCUUCACUGGAUAUGAUUCGCCAGCAGAUAACUGCUCUGGUGCCGCUGAACUCAUUCUCACCACUUCCCUCCCUCCGCCGCAUCAUCUGCUCGUUCCACUCUGAGGAUGAUGCCGUUGCUGUUCGAAAACUGUUAGAAGGAAACCGGCUGCUUGACCGCAAUGUGCGACCCCGCAUCUAUUUUGGCGAGCCUACUCCCAUCCUCAGCGGAAACACCCAGAAGCAGCUGCUGGAGGCCCCUCAACUGGACAAGCUCUUCUUCAUCUCCCCGCCUCCCAGCCCACCCCACGGAUGGGUGAUGCGCAACGAAGACCCGCCAAACCGGGAGGUGCAUGCGAGCGAUCUGGCCAACGCGCUGGCCCAGCUGAAGACCGACCACUCCGAGCCCAUGAGCAUCGACCCCGCUACCCCAGUCUCCAUAUCCUCCGAGAAGCGCACAGGUAGCUGGCCGCUUGCCGGGUCGCAACAGCGCAGCCGCAGCAGCACCAUUAUCUAUAACCCCGAAGACCAUGGCCAUAGCCCAAAUCUGCCAGCCGUUAUGGUUGAGGACAUGACUGUGCAGGUGGAUGAUGAGGAUGUCGACAUGGAUGCGGAGUUGAGCCCUAUCGAGAUGUCGGUCAAAAAGAUGCCUCCUAAGACGUCUCGCCCACCAGUUGAGCUGAUGGAGUGA